AUGAUCUUUGAAUAUUCGUUUUUGGAUAGGUUGUUAAUGAUACCAUUGGCGUAUGAACAGAGACUACUGGAGUUCUCGAAGCUCAGACUGAACAAAUCAGCAGGAUUGUUAACGAUCUGGAUUCGAUCCAUUUUUCGAUCAAGAAGGCUUCACAGACGGUCAAGGAAAUUGGAAGGCAGGUCAAUCUCUGAAAUAUUUUCAUUACUUAAUUCGAUUUCUCAAUCAGGAUUGCUUCUCAGCGUAAGAGUCGGAGAAGAAGCUAAUGAUCAUUGGUUGCAGGAGCUAGAGAAACAGCAUCUAUUGAGCGAUGAAGAUGAAGAUGAAGAGGUUCUUGGUGACCAACAACAGAAGAGGCUUAUGCUUGGGGUGGGGAGGAUUUCGGCCUGUGGGGAGGUUUGGACCUCAUUGGUGGUGGCUUUGUGUAAACAGGGCGUUUCCAGAUGUGUUUUCUUCCAGCCACUUUCAUCGAUCGACUGUGCUCAAAGGUUUAACGGCGCCAAUCCGGAUUGUCCUGCUCCGUCUCCCUCCCCUGCUGUUGUUAUGACCCUUCUUGUUUUUCUUUCAGCCAUUUGCCUGAUUAGAGGUUGUAGCUUUGGUCGGUGUUGGAUUUGGGCUUGUUUGGAUUUCCAUUCUUUUACUGUUUUUGGGUCCUGA